UGAUGGUAGUCUGAUCGGUGAGCGUCAGUCUUGUUUCACGUAAACGUGUUGUGUUUUUUUUUUGCUGAUCGGUUCAGUUCAGUGUUGAGUUGUCUAUUAAUAAUAAAGCGACAAGAGUGAAUAUCUGCAAAUACAAUCAAACACAUACGAUCAACACCGCAAACAACAUUCGCCCAGAAUAAAACAAACAGUUUACUGCAGCUGAGUAAAAUUUCCCGAAAUCGUACCGGUAUCCAGCGCAGCAUCUUCCGUGUCUCCACGAUGUGUGAGGCGGGUUCAGACUGUAACAAGAAGUACCAGGAGUGGGAAGCGAACGAAGAGAUUCAAAUCUUUCGCGAAUAUUUGCGCAUCCCAACGGUGCAUCCGAAUGUGAACUACGAUGAUUGUGUUGCGUUUCUGAAACGACAGGCGGCGUCGCUGGAUCUGCCUGUGCGCGUGGUGGAGUUCAAUGCGCGGAAACCGAUCGUGAUCAUUACGUGGGAAGGCACGGAACCGGAGGCAAAGUCUAUCAUUCUUAAUUCGCACAUGGAUGUGGUGCCGGUGUACGAAGAGCGUUGGACGCAUCCACCGUUCGCGGCGGAAAUGGACCACCAGGGACGUAUUUACGCCCGUGGCGCACAGGACAUGAAGUGUGUCGGGAUGCAAUUUCUCGCCGCAAUUCGGGCACUGCGCCGCGAUGGCGUACGGUUGAAGCGCACCAUCCAUGCUACGUUCGUGCCGGAUGAGGAGAUCGGAGGCAAGCUCGGCAUGAUGGAGUGGGUGCACAAGGAAUCGUUCCGGGAGCUGAAUGCGGGCUUUUCCAUCGAUGAGGGUAUUGCCGGUGAAGGGGAGAUCUAUCCGUUGUUUUACGGAGAGCGCAGUGUUUGGCAUGUGUAUUUUAACAUUUCUGGAACACCGGGACACGGAUCGUUACUGUUGAAGGGUACGGCGGGUCAGAAGGCACACUACAUCAUCGACAAGCUGAUGCGAUUCCGCGAGAAUGAGGUGAAGCGGUUAGAAAACAAUCCCGAGUUUACGAUCGGUGACGUGACCACGGUGAACAUCACGCUCAUGAAGGGUGGCGUGCAGGAAAACGUAGUACCACCGGAGUUGUCGGUUUGCUUCGACAUUCGGCUAGCGGUUGAUGUAAAUCAUUUGGAGUUCGAAAAUCAGCUGCUCGACUGGUGCCGUGAAGCGGGCGGUGGUAUUGAGCUAGAGUACGACCAGAAGUGCCCCUACGUUAAACCGACCAAGCUGGACAGCUCCAACACCUACUGGGUCGCAUUCAAGGACGCACUGGACGAGCUUGGCCUUAAGGUGAAGGCACAGAUCUUCCCCGGUGGCACGGAUAGUCGGUAUAUUCGUGGCAUCGGCAUUCCCGCAAUUGGGUUCUCGCCUAUGAACAACACACCGGUGUUGCUGCACGAUCACGACGAAUUUCUUAAGGCGGACACAUUCCUGGAAGGCAUUCGAAUCUACCGCAAGAUAAUUGCCAACGUGGCAAACGCUUAGAAUGCGACCUGCAUUCAAACAUAUGUGGCUUGUUUCUGUAUGCUUUGUUCGAACUAUAUACAACAUACAUGCAAUGUAUGAGAAUAAAUCGAACUUCAAUCAACGAUCGAGA